AUGAAUACUGAUCCAGAGAAGCACGCAUCCCAGACUGUGCUGGAAGAUCCAGUCCCAACUCCCAGCUCAAAAAAGGAGCAAUAUGCGGGUGACGAGAGGGAAGGGCCGUGGAUCCGCUUCAUGACUUGGAUCCAUUGGUAUUCCAAAGCCAUGCCGAGUCUGGAGAAAAGGCUUGUGCUGAAGCUCGAUCUGAUGAUUCUCAUUUUCGGGUGCCUUUCCUUCUUCACCAAGUACCUGGACCAGCAGUCAAUCACAAAUGCUUAUGUCUCGGGAAUGAAGGAAGACCUCCACCUUCACGGCAACCAACUCAACUACAUCACAAUUGUGUUCUGGGCUUCUUAUUGUACCUCCAUGAUCCCCGCAUGUUACUACCUUACUCGCCAUCCUGUCAACAUUGUCCUGCCCGUUCUCGAGAUUGGAUGGGGGUUUGCAACAUUCGGCCUGGCCUGGGCUCAGAACGUUGAAACAGUAUAUGCCAUGCGCUUCCUCGUCGGCCUGUUCGAGAGCUGCAGCUUCACAGGCGUCAUCUACGUCAUUGGAUCGUGGUAUAAGCCUAGGGAAGUGGGCCGACGAGUAGCUUUAUUCUUCAUCGCAAGCCCCUUGGGCACCAUGUUCGCCGGGUACCUGCAGGCCGCCGCCUACACCAACCUAAACGGCGCCCAUGGGCUGUCCGGCUGGCGCUGGCUGUUCAUCGUCGACGCAAUAAUCACCCUUCCAAUCUCCCUACUCGGCUUCUUCAUCUUCCCUGACGUCCCCUCGCGCGCCAAACCCCGUCUCCUCACGCCGCAGGAACACACCUUCUCCCAGCGGCGUCUCGCCAAGCUGACUGCACCACCGCAACUGCACGUCUCGCGCGACAUCUUCGCGCGCGUCUUCGGGCGGUGGCACUGGUACCUCUUCGUGCUACAGUGGACACUCAUGGACCAAAACUUCCAACCCUACUCGACGCCCUUCAGCCUCUACCUCAAAGCCAAAUCCCCCGCCAUCUACUCCGUCUCCCGCGUCAACACGCUGCCGACGCUCGCGACCGCCCUCUCCGUCGUCGCCGCCCUCUGCGCCGGCGCCGCUGCGGACCGGCUCGGCGGCCGCUUCUGGAUCCCCAUGGUGGCGGUGACGCUGCCCGUCCUGGCGAGCGUCGCGCUGCUGGUGGCGUGGGACGUGGGCGAGACGGGCCGCGUCGCCGCCUUCGUCGUCUGCGGCUUCGAGGGCGCCGUCAGCCCGCUGACCAUGGGCUGGGCCACCGUGGCCAUGGCCGGCGACGCCGAGGAGCGCGCCGUCGUCACCGCCAGCAUGAAUGCCGUCGGCCAGGCCGUCGCCGCCUGGAGCCAGCUGCUGCAGUUCCCCGCCGUCGACGCCCCCCGCUUCGCCGCGGGGUUCGUGUCGGUCCUGGUGACGGUCGUGUGCCAGUUGUUGCUGGUGCCGGUGAUUGCGUUUCUGUGCGCGCGGGACAAGAGGAGGAAAGGGGGUGAGUGA